GUGAGUCACAGCCACACCUACUUAGGGAAUAUGAGCUUUUGUUUGCUCUGUAUAAAAAGCGCUCAUUGACCCCAAGGCAUCACAUAUUGCUGCGAGAGCCUGCACUCUGCUUUACUCACACAUCUGUCAGGGACGUCUUACUGACCAGCCAAUUUACAGCUAUGCUGUCUACUUUCCUUUGUCUUCUCACAGCAGCCCUUCUACAGCAAGUACUAGGGACACCAGUGCAAGGUGUGGGACACGGGGACAAUAUGAAAAACAGAACCGCUAUUUGCCUGCUUCCUCCUGACGAGGGGCCCUGCAGAGCUCUCCUUCCUCGGUAUUACUUUGAUAGGUACACACAAACCUGUCAAGAGUUCUCCUAUGGUGGCUGCGAUGGAAAUGCUAACAAUUUCUUACAUUUAGAGGAUUGUGAGAAAACAUGCUGGAAGAUCAAAAAAGUACCUAAAAUCUGCAGAAUAGAAGCAGACGAAGGGCCCUGUCGUGGUUUUUUAAAACGAUAUUUCUUCAACCUAAAUACUAUAAAAUGCGAGCAGUUUGUAUAUGGUGGAUGUUACGGGAAUGCCAAUAACUUUAAAGAUCAUGCAUCUUGUAUGAACCACUGCUUGCCAAAGAGAGAUGCUCCCAGUUUCUGUUAUUCCCCAAAGGAUGAGGGAUCAUGCUCUGCUUCUGUUGUGCGCUAUUAUUUCAACACUGAAAGCAAAACCUGUGAGGAGUUUUCAUACACUGGAUGUGGGGGAAAUUCCAACAACUUUAUUACAAUUGAAUCCUGUAAUAGUGUAUGCAAGAAAGGAUCUAAAAAGCCUAGGAAUAGGAUUCCAAAUAUGUAUCAUAUGCACAUGCUGAAGAAAGAAUCUUGAGAACAUUAAAGCUGUCAUUUUAAUAUGAAAUCUUGUCUUGCACGAUCGGGACAAAAAUCACCAAAGUGACAUUUAUUAAUGUUAAUUGAUCUUUGUCAUCCAAAAAAAGUAAAACAGGAAAUUUCUCCUCUAAAAGUCGAGUUUAUUAGUGAAGCAAUAGGAGCUAUUGUGUACAAAUAAGCUUUGGUGAUUUUGCAAGCUAUUUUAGCUCAUUUCCUGACUACAAAUCUGUGCAGUUACUAUAUGCAGCUAUCUCCUAACAUGCAAUGUGAAGAAACCUAGGACAGAUAUAAAUACAACUAUUUAGUAUGCCUUAUAAGUAAUUUCUAUAAUUGUAUUAAGGUCAUGCACUCCUGUUAAAUUACUUCAACACACAACUAGUGGAAAAGCAAUAUCACAGGCUAUUGGUAGUGUAUUGGCUAUAAACGCUGUAAACCUGUAUACCUUACUUACUACAAGAAAUCCAAACCAAUGAGGCUCCACAGUAUUUUAAAUAUUGUUAUAGAGAUAUAUAGUUAGUUUUGCUUACUCGUUAUAAGUUAAAACACUGCAAUACUAAUGGAGGCGCCAUUCACAAAUAACUGAAAAAAAUUUGUUAAGUGGGUAAUAUUGUGUAUCUCUCUCUUACAACAAUCUUAUUUGAAGUAUAUGCUUAAAAUCCCAUUUCAUCUAUUUCCCACUUGAGCUCUGUGUAAAUUGCUCCUUGUCGAAAAUUGGUUUGUUCAUCUUAAAAAAGCCUUUUUUUUCUGGAAAAGUCACAUUGACAAACUUCUUUUUUUUCUAACAAAUGUUAUAGUAAAAAUGAUCUGAACUAACCUGUGUCAUUGAUUUAAAAGAAAUAAAAUGGUUUAAAGGGCACUAUUAGCACAUUUGUAAAGCACAUUAUAUCAGUGAUACUGACAAUGUAAUUUCAAGUUGUUUUUUUAACUCUUGUCAAUUUUGUAUAUAUAUUUUUUAAAUAAAUGUUUUUUUUAUAAAUUUA